GGGGGCCGGGGCUUUUCGAUUGUUCCCGGCUUUUGGUUUGUCAGUCGCACUCAUGCCACGCUGUCGCUCCCCCGCGCCGGUCUCGCUCUAGCGUCCGCCCGGCGGGACCCUCCGUCCGCGUCCGCGUCGCCGUAGCCUGCCCUCAUCCCGAUCCCGAUGCUCUUCGGCCAUGGCCCCCACCCCCCGGCACCGCUGCCUCGGCCUCCUCGCUCUGCUCCUCCGGAUCUGCACGGCCGCCGGCCCUAACUCCGUCUCCGGCCCCAGCGGCCCCGCAACCGGCCUCGGACCCGACUUCAGCGCCCCGGACCCGACCCGGGCCAAGGCCCCGCUACCGGCUCCAGACGACAUGAGCACUCAGCACAUGAAAAAACAUGGUUACCCAGGUGAAGCUCAUAGAGUUAUCACUCCAGAUGGAUACAUACUUACUCUGGAUCGGAUACCUCACAGAGAAAACUCCACCAGUGAUAGAAUGCCGUUGAUUCUGUUGCAUGGUAUGGUAGGCAAUGCAAUGCAGUACCUUAUAGCAGGCCCUAGGAGUGGAUUAGGAUAUAUUUGCGCAGACGCUGGAUUUGAUGUGUGGCUUGUCAAUUAUCGCGGGACGAUGCUUUCUCGGGAACAUGUAAACAAACUCAAACCAAAAGAAUAUUGGGAUUUUAGCUUCACCGAGCACGGAAUCUAUGACACGCUAACCGCCAUCGAUUACGUGCUGGAGCAGACGAACAAGCCGCGAGUCCAUAUUCUGGGCUACUCCAUGGGCGCAAGUGCAAUUCUCAUCGGCGUCACCGAGCGCCCAGAGUACAACGAGAAGAUCCAAAGCGCCAUCCUCAUGGCCCCGACCACGUCCAUGCAGCAUGCGUCCACACCUCUCAAGCUAAUUGCACCUUACGUCAAUUCAAUACAGCGUUAUCUGCAAGAGCUUCAUUUUUACUUCAUGCCGAUGUUCAAUCUGGAUAUCCUCCGAGUUUUUAACCGACGUAUUUGUACGCUCCCUAAUUUCGGAGCCUCGUUGUGCCGGCAAUUUCUCUCAGUUUUUGAGGGCUUCCAAAUCCCAUUUAAAACAUCAUUAAUGCACAAACUGUAUGAUAUUUAUCCGGAUUACUUUUCGAGUAAAACAGUGUUGCACUAUUUUCAGCAUCUAAAGUCAGGGAAAUAUUGUAAGUAUGACUAUGGAUCUCAAAAAAAUCUCCAAAUUUACAAUUCGACGAGUCCUCCAGAGUUCGAUUUGUCGAAAGUCAAUACGAGCAUAAUGAUUGUCUGCUCCAAGACGGACGGCUUCUCCAGUAUAGUGGAUAACUACUGGCUGAAAUCGAGGUUACCGAGAGACAUAACUCUCCAUGAAGUUCGAACUCCCUCAAUUUUCGGACACCUAAGCUUCACGCUGGACACCAAAAUCGAUACCCUAGUUUAUAAGCACAUUGUGAAAUUCCUGUACGACACCUCGUGACAUCAGAGACCCAAAGACGAAAUGAGACUGUGACGUUGCAGAAAAUACUGCCAUCUUGAAGAUGAAGUCAUGCUGAGCCUCGAUCUUAGCCACAUGCUUAUUGAAUCUUCAUUCGUCGUUCAUUUGCCAGCUUUAAUCAACAACGAAUCCGUUCAAGCUGAGAAAUCGCGAAGCCAGAUUGGUCUUGAACUGAAAUUUAUAAUCAAAAUUAGGUGUUACGUCCCUUUCAUGGGUACCAUACUGCCGUACUAAGGAAAAACGCCGUAUGAACAUUCGAGAGUUGC